ACACACAGUAAUCAAAACCAACUUCCCCUUCUCUCUCUCUCUCCUCAAUUCCCCAGUCCACGCCGACUCUGCUCGCUGAACAAAAUGCCCCAUUGACGCCGUUAACCCCUCCCCCUCUCCUCCAACAGCGUGAGAACCCCUUCUCACGCCGUCAGCUUCCCCAUUUCCCUAGCUUCCUAUAAAUACGCGACCCACUCGGACAGUUACAAAUAUCCUACAUGUCACGCGUCGUGGCUGACUAUCCCUCCCCCAAUCACGACACCGUCCCCUUCCGCUCUUCUCUCGCACUCGCCGACAUGGAGCUCACCGAUCAUCAGCCGCCGCCGUCGCGUCGACCCUUCGGCCUCUCCCCAACCCUCGGCCAGCUCCUCAAGCAGGUCGGCGACGUGAGAAAAGAAGCCACCGGCGACGGCAGCGAGACCCCCGUCCACCAGGUCCUCGAGCUCGGCGACUCCCACCCCAACCUCCCCCGCUCCAUCCCCUUCGUCCUCUCCUUCAACAACCUCACCUACAGCGUCCGCACCCGCCGCAAGCUCCGCCUCCCCGACCUCCUCCCCGUCCGCCGCAACCGCCUCGGCCCCGCCGCCGCCGACCCCGUCGCCGGCGAGAGCCUCAGCCUCUUCACCCGCACCAAGACUCUCCUCAACGACAUCUCCGGGGAGGCUCGCGACGGCGAGAUCAUGGCGGUGCUCGGAGCCAGCGGCUCCGGCAAAUCGACUCUGAUCGACGCUCUCGCGAACCGAAUCGCGAAAGAUUCGCUCAAAGGAACGGUCAAUUUGAACGGCGAGCCGCUCGAAUCGAGGAUGCUGAAGGUAAUCUCGGCUUACGUCCAGCAGGACGAUCUCCUCUACCCGAUGCUGACGGUGGAGGAGACCUUAAUGUUCGCGGCGGAGUUCCGCCUCCCGCGGACACUGUCGAAUUCCAAGAAGAAAGCCAGAGUCCAGGCCUUAAUCGACCAGCUCGGCCUCCGCAACGCGGCGAAGACCGUCAUCGGAGACGAAGGCCACCGCGGCGUCUCCGGCGGCGAGCGCCGCCGCGUCUCGAUCGGAAUCGACAUAAUCCACGACCCGAUCAUCCUCUUCCUCGACGAGCCGACCUCGGGGCUCGACUCCACCAGCGCCUACAUGGUCGUCAAAGUCCUCCAGCGAAUCGCGCAGUCCGGCAGCAUCGUCAUCAUGACCGUACACCAGCCCAGCUACAGAAUCCUCGGCCUGCUCGACCGAUUGCUCUUCCUCUCCCGCGGGCAGACCGUCUACAGCGGGUCGCCUAACAACCUGCCCGUUUUCUUCUCGGAUUUCGGGCACCCGAUACCCGACAAGGAGAACCGGACCGAAUUCGCUCUGGAUCUGAUCCGCGAGCUCGAAGGUUCCCCUGGCGGCACCAAAUCCCUAGUCGAAUUCAACAAACACUGGCAAACGGUCAAAAACGGCGCCGUAUCUCGCCACCGCCACCACGACGACGAUUCAAUUAACCCCCAGAUCUCGCUCAAGGAAGCAAUCUCCGCCAGUAUCUCCAGAGGAAAGCUCGUCUCCGGCGCCACCAACGACGCCAGCUCAGCAUCCAUGGUCCCCACCUUCGCAAACCCGAUCUGGAAGGAAAUGGCGGUUCUCUCCACCAGAUCUGUGACGAAUUCCCGCCGGAUGCCGGAGCUUUUCGGAAUCCGGCUCGGAGCGGUUCUGGUCACCGGAUUCAUCCUCGCGACGAUGUUCUGGCACCUCGACAACUCGCCGAAGGGAAUUCAAGAGCGGCUGGGUUUCUUCGCCUUCGCGAUGUCGACUACAUUCUACACCUGCGCCGACGCGCUCCCUGUUUUCCUCCAGGAGCGUUACAUCUACUUGCGGGAGACUGCGCACAACGCGUACCGUCGAUCCUCCUACGUCCUCUCCCACGCGCUGGUUUCCUUCCCCGCUAUCGCCUUCCUGUCAAUCACCUUCGCAGCGACGACGUUUUGGGCGGUCGGGUUGGACGGCGGGUUCUCGGGUUUUCUCUUCUACUUUUUCAUAAUCCUGGCGUCGUUUUGGGCGGGGAACUCGUUCGUUACUUUUCUAUCCGGCGUCGUUCCGCAUGUGAUGCUGGGUUACACGAUCGUGGUGGCGAUUCUGGCUUACUUCUUGCUGUUCAGCGGGUUUUUCAUAACCCGGGACCGAAUACCCGACUACUGGUUGUGGUUCCAUUACAUGUCGCUGGUGAAGUACCCAUACGAGGCCGUUUUGCUGAACGAGUUCCAGGACCCGCACAAGUGCUUUGUGAGAGGGGUGCAGAUUUUCGACAACUCGCCGUUGGCGGCGCUGCCGGCGGCGAUGAAGCUGCGGCUGCUGAAGAACAUUAGCGGGUCGAUGGGGGUGAACAUAACGGCGACGACGUGCCUGACGACCGGGAGCGACAUACUGAAGCAGCAAGGGAUCACAGAUCUGGGGAAGUGGGAGUGCUUGGUGGUGACGGUGGCGUGGGGUUUCUUUUUCAGGAUUUUGUUUUACUUUGCUUUGUUACUGGGGAGUAAGAACAAGAGGAGGUGAAGAAAAUCGAAGUUGAUGAGGUAAAAGGUAAAAUUGAAUGGUUCCCGUCGGUAAGGGAAGAAGGCUGCGAUUGGCGGCCAAAUGUAUUGGAUGAUGGUGUGUUUUUUUUUCUUUUUGCUUUGUUUUACUUUUGAGGUUUGGGAUUUUUUAAAAGAAGUUUAACAGUUUGGGGUAAAUUAUUUGGAGUAUUACCUUGAUGAUGAUGUAAAAACUGUUAAAUAUAUAUAUAUAUGAAUUACAUAUACUUUUUCACUCUCCUUUAUCAAAGGUAACAAAUAAUUAUUGAAGUUUUGUCUUUGGUUGUCCCCUGAUUAUUGAAAUACAAAACCUUAUUGUGAGAGGAGUAUCGUUUUUGAUGGAAGUAAUCCAACGCAAAUGUUAAUGGUAGAAUAAUUAAGCACACAAAAUAGGUUAGUUUUAAUUUGGUUGUAAUUUUUAAACUGGCACAUGGAUAAACUUUUUUUGCUUUGGGUGCGAUACCAUACCAUGCUUUAUUUUAUCCCUCGGAAGUCGGAUCAAGAUUAUAACCGUGUCAUUAGUGAGCUGUUAUAUAAAAUGGAAAGAAAUGAAACGGAAGCAAACCUAACUUGCAGUACUGCGGCUAAUCCAAGCUAAAACGCAACUCGUGUGCCUAAUUAAGGAGGCAUUACCGUCAUUAUUAAUUGGCAGGCGGCAUUAACUUAACGAAAAUGUAAAUCGUACCGAUGAGUUAGGUUAGACCUCGGGGUUGUCUGUUGCAUCCCUAUAUAUUUAUUUAUUUAAGUAAAGAGUAGCGUAUGUCUUGCACAUAUUAUACACAUAUGUUCACAUGUAUCUCGAUAUAUGUCGAUAAAUAAAAAAAAAUGUCAGUUAUUGAUUCUAGAUUAAAUGAAUUUUAUGAUUGAGUUAGAGGAUUAGAGAUUGGAAUUCGUUUAUUGGAAAUUAGAGUAUUAUAUUAUUACUCAAACUACGUUUUGUGAUAUAAAUAGCAAAUUAAACUCGAAGUGUAGUAUAUAUAUAUGUGUGUGUUAGGUAGCUAGGAAUAUAAUUAAUUAUGCGGGUUUCUUGAAGGGCGUUUAAUUUGUUAGAGUGUGCUAGAUUAGAUCAUCCAAUUAACCAAGUAGCUAAGCUAGUCAGAUAGAUAUUGAUGUUCCAAAUCUUCUUACCUAAUUUUUGGUCCGUAUGUAAUAAAUUCCUAGCUACCACCAUUAGCAAGCCAAGUAAGCCAUCAGUGGCCGAAUUAAGUAGAACUUAUUAAUCGUGGUCAAGAGAAUAGAGAUUGCCCAGAAGAAACUAUACAUAUAUAGCUACAAUUAAUAAGUAAGUGUAGUAUUAAAAAUCUCAAUAAUAAAGGAAAUUAAGCACCCAAUCAAAAAAUAAAGGCAAUUAAGCAAAUUGGUAGGCUAAUGAAGAAGCAGUAUAGUAGUAGGUAGGUAGCCCCACCAAGACUUUGGAAACGUAGGAUACGAAGAAGUCAACGUCAGGAAAUGGGGAAAGAGAUAUGGUUAGAUUAGACCACAGAAUUCUUUGUGUUUCAUUCAUGUGGAGGGAGGGAGGAUCACAUGCAUGCAGAUGCAGAUGCAGAUGCAGGUGAAGUAGGGAGAUAGGUUACCUAAAAGCUAGCUAGCAAAAGGUGUCAACCCAAAGGCACAAACAUGACUUUGACAAUUCGUGUGAAUAUAUUCACCCUUUGGCUUUUAUUUAAAUUGCUAGCCUAUAUUAUAUUAUCUCUCUUAUCUAUUUAUUGUUUUAUUUGCAACAGAAGAUGAUGAGGAAUAGAAUGAAGGAAAGAAGGACCCUUGUUUUCAGGUUGGUAGCCUAACUCAUACCGACGGCAGGCUUAAUUAUCGCCUGGGAAUUUGGGAGGCGGUUUCGUUGCUUGUAUAUAUUAUAAUAUCCCCUUACAAAUAUGGAUAUGCUUAUUUUAUUUGUGUAUAGAUACGUACUGGCCAAAAUUCGAAUUUAGAUUUUUCAUGAUGAGAUCGAUCCAGAUGAACUAAAACAAUUACCAAGAG